AGUCCAUGUUUUACGCAGAUGUCUCUGCUGUGUGACGCAGAGCUGAGCUCCGUUUAGAGGCACAUGAGUGUGUUUGGAAGUGUUGGUAGAAGUAAAAUGUUAGGAUGAGAAUCGCUGAAGAAGCAUGAAUAUCUCAGUGAGAAGCCUCCGGUCUCUGCGCGGUCUCUCCUCCGGGCAGAGAGGCACUAUGAACGUGUUUGACAGGAGCACGAAGCGCAAGCAGAAGGAAUGGGCUUCAUCUUUACUAGACAGCGACAAAUACGAUUACCUCCGAGACGAGGUGGGGAGCAGAGUUGCAGACAGAGUUUAUGAUGUCUCAAGGACUUUCCCUCUGGCUCUGGAUGUAGGAUGUGGGAAGAGUCACAUGGCGGAGCAUUUGAGUAAGGACAUUGUUGAACGUCUCUUUUUAACAGACAUUUCAGACUCUUCCCUGAGAAAUAGGAGGAAAUGUGAGAUUCCUAGUCACUGUGUUUUGGCGGAUGAGGAGUUCCUGCCAUUUAAAGAAAACACAUUUGACCUAGUGCUCAGCAGCAUGAGUCUGCACUGGAUCAACGACCUUCCUGGAGCUUUGAGACAGAUCCACCAUGUGUUGAAGCCGGAUGGUGUGUUCAUUGGAGCAGUGGUCGGCGGUGAGACGCUCUAUGAGCUGCGAUGUUCUCUGCAGUUAGCUGAGCUGGAGAGGGAGGGCGGCUUUGCGCCCCAUAUAUCACCCUACACAGCCGUCACUGACCUGGGCAACCUGCUGGGGCAGGCCGGCUUCAACAUGCUCACUGUGGACAUCGAUGAAGUUCAGGUCAAUUAUCCUGGCAUGCUGGAGGUCAUGAGUGAUUUACAAGGUAUGGGUGAAAGCAACUGUGCGUGGAACAGGAAGUCACUCCUACACAGAGACACUAUACUGGCGGCAGCUGCCAUUUAUAAAGAGAUGUAUGGCAAUGAAGACGGCUCGGUUCCAUCUACAUUUCAGAUCCUUUACAUGAUUGGCUGGAAGCCUCACGAGUCUCAGGCGAAACCAGUUAAAAGGGGUUCGGCGAAUGUCUCGUUUGCCGAUCUGUCAAAAAUGAGCAAACUUCAGAAGACCAAUGAAAAAUCCUAGGACAGGAAGAAGUUUUAUCUUUCAAAUCCACUCUGGAUCUGCUUUACUUACAUGAAUGUGAUUACACAGAAAUGUUGCAUCAACAAGCUGUAUAUUUGCAAAAGCUUCUUUGACAAAUGUCCUCCAACAUAAAUAAACAAUGCUUUUAA